CCAUUCGGGCUAUUCGGGGGAAAAAUUAAAACGGAACACACUAUUUUUCCCAAAACGUUCCUAUUGCCAUUUGGAAUUUCUAUUGGUUGGUGAAGAAUUCUUCUAUGAAUUUUCCCCCAAUUGUGUCGAUUGUGUUACUGGAGUCAGGUCGAACUCUCGACGGUCUGUUCGGUGAAUAGAAAAAAGUUUUUUUUUCUAAAGAAAAAAAAAAACUAGGAAAAAUCCUUUCAUUUUUUCCACAAAAUUAAACGUUCUGAUCUCGUUAAAUCGAAUUCGUAUCCGGAAAACGUUCCGAAAUCUAACGGUUAAGUGGGUUUUUGAGUGAAAAUUUGAUAGAAAAAAGGAAAAAAACAGGAAAAAUUGAAAUUUUCCUCUGAAAUAUAUAUAUGCAUUACCAUCCGCCAGCCAUAUAGCGCGGGGGGGUUGGCUACUUUUUUUUUUUGAAAAAGAAGGGAAAAGAGCAGAGUUUUUGAGAUGAAAUUAUAUGAAAAAAUUCAAAAAUUGUGUAAAUAAUUUCUAAAUCCUUGCAGUUUUUUUUGCUUCCAUUUUCUUUCGGUGUGAAAAUUUUAUCAACAAAAAAAAAGUGUGUGUUCCAUUAGAUGAAAAAUCAAUUUGCAAAAUUUUAAGAGUUCCUGUGUGUGUCCCUGUGUGAACGAUACAAUUUUUAUCUAGUUUUCAAGGAUUAAAUCAUCAAAAAAAGGAUUUAAAUCUUCAACAGGAGCUCAAUUUUUGGGAUUACCUACAAAAUAUUUGCAGCCGAGAAAAAAAAAACAUGGAUGAAAAUAUAAUGUUCUAACCUCAAAUUUCUAUCAAAGGACUUCCGGAAUUGUCCAUAAAUGUCUAUAAAAAUAUUCAUCAAAAUGAACUGACUCCAAUUAAAAUUUUCCAAAUUAAAAUAAACAAACUCUAAAAAAAAAUAAAACAAUAUUUCAUUGAAUUUUAUUUUAUAUCGGAAUUUUUAUUCUAACGUGGAAAACAAUUAAACGUCGAAAACGAUUUGGAAAAAUAUAUUUUGAAAUUGUCGUCCAUUAUUAGAAAUGAUGGCGACACGGUACGCGGACGACACCACACCGUUGGUGGUGUUGUUGGUCGGGAAGAAUAAUAAUAAAUGUUUUAAGCAAAAAAAGACACGACAUCCAAUAACUUUAUUUGCAAUUUUAUCUGUAUUAGUUUGUAGUUGCAAUGCAUUCGAUUUACCAAAAUCAACUCCAUCAUCAAUUAGCCAUAAUAACGAUAUGUCCUUAGUCCUGCCGCACGAUACAUAUCCAGGAUUUAGUAUUAAAAAAUUCAAAACUAUGCCCAUUUCGAAUAACAACAACAAUGCUAGCAACUAUCAUCUCUUGGAAACUGGCUAUUCCAAGUUCUUUACGGUCCUGGAGGAUGGUGUCGUGAUGACAACCUCCGACAUAUCGCCACUGGUUAAUCGACCAGUUAAUUUGGUGGUUGUCGAAGAGACACCCAAUUCAACAUCAACGCAUAAUUUGCAACUGUUCGUUAUGCACCGCAAGGAUAUGUUGCGUUUUCCUGGUUCGAUGUUGGACGCAGCUGGCGAAGUGCGAGAGAAUCGUCCAGCGGGAACACGAGUCCGUGGAAUUCCUCUAAUGCAGGCAUUCUCUAACCGUGAUUCGCAAAAGAUUAAAUACACUAUUAUCGGUGGGAAUGAAGAUAACGCCUUUGCCUUACAGGAAAGACAUCAUUCCAAAGGCAAUCUAAAGGACACCAUAGUGGUGGAUAAUGAUGAGGAGAGUGGCGUUUGGCUAGUGACCGCCAAACCGCUAGACCGCGAAACAAAGCAAUACUACGAUUUGUCAGUGCAAGCUUCGGAUUUGGAUGAAGUCGACAAAACUGUUUCGAAAGUUGUCGUUACGAUUUUGGAUGAGAACGAUAAUAGACCAGUUUUUGUGAACGACGAAUACAAAUUCGCGGUAGCUGGUGAAAAAUCCAUGGAUUUGAAUGGAAAUUUCACCACAACAUGGAAACGAUUUACGAUUUUGGGCAAAGUUGAGGCUAAAGAUGGUGAUGGUGAUAAAAUUGCUUAUCGUUUGGUUGCACCGAGUAAUAUUGUUAUUAUUGUUCCACAAACUGGUGAACUUAUGUUGGCAAGUGAGCCUGAGAAGACUGAACUUCUACUCGAUGUUGAAGCUCAUGAUUUGAGAUAUCCCAGUUUGGCAUCGGCUAAGCCAGCUAAGGUCUUGAUUGAAUUUGUUGCACCGGAACCGGUUUCGUUUAUAAUGCAACAUCUUGAUUUAAGUCAUGAUUCGGUGAAUCAACAUUCGCAUCGUCGUGAUAAGAGGAGGGUAACGCGCGCGGUCCGUCCUACGAAACGUAUUGAAUUCACUGAAGCCGAUGGCGAUACAGAGGGUAAAUCUGUAUUCCAAUUGGAAAAGGAAACGGAUAAGGAAACUUUUAAGAUUCGAGAUGAAAAUCCAUGGGUAACGGUGGAAACUAAUGGAGCGGUGCGUGUUAAGAAGAAGUGGGACUAUGAAGAAUUGGGACCAGAGAAGACUAUUGACUUUUGGGUUAUUAUCACGAAUACGGGACAUAAUGCUGGCCUCAAAUACACCGACAAUCAACGAGUCAUAAUACAUGUGAAAGACGUCAACGAUGAACCACCAUACUUUAUUAAUCGGCCACUGCCAAUGCAAGCUGUUGUCCAAUUGAACGCACCCCCAAACACACCCGUAUUCACAUUGCAAGCUCGCGAUCCGGAUACCGAUCAUAAUAUUCAUUAUUUCAUUGUACGCGAUCGUACCGGUGGCCGAUUUGAGGUUGACGAACGUUCUGGCGUUGUCCGCACACGUGGCACUGAUCUUUUUCAAUUAGAUAUGGAAUAUGUAUUGUAUGUGAAGGCCGAAGAUCAAAAUGGCAAAGUCGAUGAUCGACGAUUCCAGAGUACACCCGAGGAACGUCUAUCGAUUGUUGGUGGCAAACGGGCACCGCAAUUUUAUAUGCCUAAUUAUGAGGCGGAAAUACCGGAAAAUCAAAAGAAAGAUUCAGAUAUAAUAUCGGUAAAAGCUAAAUCCUUUGCCGACCGAGAAAUUCGCUAUACACUUAAAGCCCAAGGACAAGGAGCAGGCACAUUUAACAUUGGACCAUCGUCGGGUAUCGUUAAACUGGCAAAAGAAUUGGAUUUCGAAGAUUUACGACAACCGCAUGUGUAUUCGUUGAUUGUGACAGCUACCGAGGAUUCUGGAGGAUUCUCCACAUCAGUUGAGUUAACAAUUCGUGUAACAGAUGUGAAUGACAAUGCACCAAAAUUUGAAUUGCCCGAUUAUCAAGCACACAACGUCGACGAGGACAUUCCACUUGGAACGAGCAUCCUGCGCGUCAAAGCCAUGGACUCCGAUUCAGGUGCUAACGCCGAAAUCGAAUACCUUGUCUCCGAUGAUCACUUUGCAGUCGAUUCCAACGGCAUUAUUGUGAACAAUAAGCAAUUGGACGCUGACAACAAUAACGCCUACUACGAGUUUAUUGUCACAGCCAAAGAUAAGGGUGAACCGUCGAAAAGCGGUGUAGCCACAGUUCGUAUUUAUACAAAAAAUAAAAAUGACGAAGAGCCAAAAUUCUCACAGCAAGUUUACACGCCGAAUGUUGAUGAGAAUGCCGGUGCCAAUACUCUGGUGACAACGGUUGUAGCAUCGGACAAGGAUGGUGACAAUGUUCGUUUUGGUUUUGUGGGUGGCGGUACUAGUUCCGGGCAGUUCGUUAUCGAGGAGAUAACUGGAGUUAUACGACUGCAUAAUAAGGCUAUUUCGUUGGAUCGGGACAAGUACGAGUUAAAUGUAACGGCCUUGGAUGAUGGUUCGUGUUGUGUGAAUGGCGAUCAAACUAUACACACGUCGACAGCUGUGGUUGUGGUUUUUAUAACUGAUGUGAAUGAUAAUAAGCCAGUGUUUAAGGACUGUGGGACAUAUUAUCCGAAAGUGGAAGAAGGUGCUCCGAAUGGUAGUCCGGUGAUAAAAGUUCAAGCCACUGAUGAGGAUAAGGGUGUCAAUGGACAGGUAAAAUACUCCAUUGUGCAGCAACCCAAUCAAAAAGGUACCAAAUUCACCGUCGACGAAGAAACUGGUGAAGUUUCAACAAACAAAGUCUUCGAUCGUGAAGGUGACGAUGGUAAAUUUGUGUCGGUAACAGUAAAAGCUACCGAUCAAGGUGAACCCAGUUUGGAAGGUGUAUGCUCAUUUACAGUGGAAAUUACAGAUGUGAACGAUAAUCCACCAUUGUUUGAUCGACAAAAAUACGUCGAAAAUGUCAAACAAGAUGCUAGCAUUGGUACAAAUAUCUUACGUGUGUCUGCUUCUGAUGAAGAUGCCGAUAACAAUGGAGCAAUUGUUUAUAGUUUAAGUGCCCCAUAUAAUCCAAAUGAUCUUGAAUAUUUCGAUAUUCAAGCUGAAUCUGGAUGGAUUGUAUUGAAAAAGCCUCUUGACCGUGAAACAUAUAAGCUAGAAGCUAUGGCCCAAGACAAAGGCUAUCCACCCCUGUCACGUACAGUCGAGGUGCAAAUUGACGUUGUCGAUCGGGCAAAUAAUCCACCCGUUUGGGAUAAUACGGUCUAUGGGCCAAUUUAUGUCAAGGAAAAUAUGCCAGUUGGCGGAAAAGUCGUCUCAAUUAAAGCCAGUUCUGGCAUUGAAGGAAAUCCUACAGUAUUUUACCGUUUAAUGCCGGGUUCUACGGCACAAACAAAUAAAUUCCAUACAUUUUACUUACAACAAAGACCGGAUAAUGGAGACACAUGGGCUGACAUUAAAGUUAAUCAUCCGUUAGACUAUGAAAGUAUAAAGGAAUAUAAUCUAACAAUACGUGUUGAGAACAAUGGCGCACAACAAUUGGCAUCUGAAGCAACUGUCUACAUAAUGCUCGAGGAUGUUAAUGAUGAGAUCCCGCUAUUCACUGAACGAGAACAAGAAACCGUACUUGAGGGUGAACCGAUUGGUACAAAGGUUACUCAAGUGAAUGCCAUUGACAAGGAUGGAACCUUUCCAAAUAAUCAGGUCUAUUAUUAUAUUGUUGAUUCACCACGUAAUGAAGGAAAGGAAUUUUUCGAAAUAAAUUUACAAAGUGGUGAAAUUUUCACUAAAACCGUAUUCGAUAGAGAGAAGAAAGGAGCCUAUGCAUUGGAAGUUGAAGCACGUGACGGAGCACCAUCAGCACGACCAAAUAGCAAUGGACAACCAAAUUCAGGUAUGAGAUGGCACACAACCUCAACAAUUAUUCUAAAUCGAACAUGCAAAUGUGUAUACAAAAAAGUCAGAAAUAGGGGGCAACCAAACAAAAAAUAAGUAAAAAACAAGGACAUAUCCUUUCAAGUGAUUUUGUGUGGAACUAUCUGUGAAUAAAAUUUAACCAAAAAUAUUCUACACAGAAAUGAAAUGAAAAAAAAAAAAAAAUAUGUAAAUCACCAUGACACUCAAUUUCUGUGUGAUAGGCAGAUUUGAAAACAUAGCAACAGAAUAAAAAACAACAACAACAAAAGUAUAGAAAAAAUAUCGUAUAGAGUAGUACAACAUUAAUAGUCCUAGUAAGGUAGGAUUUUUGCUGCCAUAUCGAUAGAGUUGAAUGAAUGUUAGCAACACGAAGAGUCCUUCGUAUGUGUGUGUGAAUACUUAUAGGUAUUUGUAAAAAUCAAAGAAAAAUAGAAAAAUCAUUCUCCUGUUGCUGGUGUUGCUUUUUUUUUUUUUGUUUUUUUUUGUUGGUCUUCUUAACCUAAUGCCAUGCUCCGCCGCAUCAGCAAAAAUGGCAGUUUCAGAACCCUACUCACUCACAUUGGCAAAAAGGACAAAUUGCAAUUUGAAUUUCCUCCUGGUUGAAUGGUUUCCAUUUUACUCCUCUCUCUCUCUCUCUCUUUAUGUGUCGAUAAUGGCAGAUAUAGACAGUAAAACAAAAAAAAAAAACAAAAAGAUAUAAAAGAUAAAGGACUUUCCUAAUCUCAGUCUAUAUUCGUAUACCUAUACACAAGUUCAGGAUCAGAGGAUAUCGUUCAAAUAUAUAGAGAUAUAAAAAUGCAAACAAACCAUUUGAUUUUGGUUUCAGAAUUUUCUAGUAUUUUUUUUUUUUUUAGAUAUUUCCUGAUGAAGGUAGGAAAAAUAAAGUUAAAGUGUGUCUAUGUAGUUUUGUGGGGUGAUAAAGAUUAAAUGCGUUUGUCUAACUUUGAAGACAAAUAGUAGAACUGUGCGAAAGUUAUCCUUUAACUAUGACCGUGACGUGGAUGUUUUUCUUUUUUUUUUUUUGCUUGUUCUCCCCUUUUUGUGUUGAAUUUUAGUCUUUAUUAUUAUUGUUUCAUUUCAGUAUAUUUCAUUUUAUAUCCUUUAUCACACACAGGUAGGAAAGGAUAUUAUGGUGGUUGUAGAAUAAAACGUGCAAAAACAUUUUGAUUGUUUGUCGGAGCAUGAAAAUAAUGGAGAAACAUUUUUUC